CCCGCGACGACGCCCGUCCUCGUUCGCAAUGUCGGCCAACGCCCCCACCAUCACGAACGUGCCCACCAUUAAAAAUGCGCCCCUCAUCGGCCUCGUCGAGGGUAACGGGUACUUCUCCAACUACCAGCUCGCUGCGCUCGUCCUCGGCGUGCCGUGGGUCGUCAAGCGUUCCCUCCCCGUCCUAUGCUAUGGCGGCUUCAAGACCUACCUCUUCCUCGUGCUUGUGCUCGGCCUGCCCAUCACCAUCGCGUAUUGGACGGUGAUGAGUAGGUACGGCCCGCGGGUGAACGAGAAGGUCCAGCUGCCCGGCCGCAACAUUGAGGAGUACAUCACCAUCAAGGACCCCGAGCUCAAGGCAACUUACUUUGGCAAGGAGAAGAUCCCCAUGCAGGUCUUCCACGACGCGUACUUUGACGAGAAGAUCGACUUCAACGGCGACGUCCUGGACAUUAUGGAGGCCCGCCACGACUGGUCGAAGAUGGUGUUCACGCCCAAGCUGUUCAAAUACGUGUUUACCCAGAUGUUGCCCGAGGUCAUCUUCCACACCCAAAACCAGGAUGAGGAGCAGGUCCGCGAUACCUACGACAGGGGUGAUGACUUCUACGAGUGGUUCCUCGGUCCGCGCAUGAUUUACACCUCUGGCAUCGUCACCGACAUCACCCGCGAGGAGACGCUCGAGGAGCUCCAGGACAACAAGCUCACCGUCGUCUGCGAGAAGCUUAACCUCAAGCCCGAAGAUCGCCUCCUUGACAUCGGCUGUGGAUGGGGCACUCUCUCCGCGUUUGCGCACAAGAACUACGGCUGCGACGUCACUGGCAUCACCAUCGCAAAGAAGCAGACCCAGUUCGGCAACGACCGCAUCAAGAAGAACGGUGGUGACCCCUCGCGCGCGCGCAUCCUCUGCCUCGACUACCGCGACAUCCCCAGCGGCCGUGGCGCGUACACCAAGAUUGUGUCGCUCGAGAUGGCUGAGCACGUCGGAAUCCGUCGCUACCAGUCCUUCCUCCGCCAGAUCUACAACCUCCUCGACGACGACGGCAUCUUCCUGCUCCAAGUUGCCGGCCUCCGCCCGCACUGGCAGUACGAAGACCUCAUCUGGGGUCUCUUCAUGAACGAGUAUAUCUUCCCUGGUGCGGAUGCGUCGUGCUCGCUCGGUUGGGUCGUCAGCCAGGUCGAGGCCGCUGGCUUCGAGGUCAAGAACAUCGAUGUGCUCGGCGUCCACUACUCGGCAACGAUCUUCCGCUGGUACAAGAACUGGGUGGCCAACAAGGAGAAGGUCCUCGAGGCGUACGGCGAGCGCUGGUACCGCAUUUGGGUCUUCUUCCUCGCGUACUCUGUCCUCAUUGCUCGCCAUGGUGGCUCUUCUGUGUUCCAGCUGACGCUGCACAAGAACCUGAACGCGUACCCGCGUAUUCUGGGCGUCCCCAGCCAUGCGUCGAUUCACGUCAAGCCCGACCACGAGAUCCUGCCCGUCGACUGAGCUGCUUCAGUGCGACUAGAGAAGGCCGUGGCCAUAGAACGGACGAUGGGGGUGCGGGCGGCCUGGUGCCGAGUGCGCACCGAGAUACGUUAUUGUUACGAAAAUUAACCGUAUACCGGGCUUUCGAUGUUAAUCGUAACGAUGCUCUCAUGCUACCUCGACGAUGCAGUAUAACUGGCAGGCGGCAUGGAUGCCAACACGCCGUCGGGUGUCCUGGUGGCGUUUCUUAGGUUAUAACUUUCUCUCGUAUCGGCUUCUGCUCCUUGAUCAUCUCAUCAUAUGAGCUACUCAC